GAUGACAUAAAAGUAUGGAUCACAAGAAAAAAAGACAAUCAAACGAUACCUGACUCUAGUUCAGUCCGGAAGCUCAUCGAAGACAUGCAUAAAUCUGUGACUCAAUUGAAGCAUGAAUUAGCAUUUGAAGAGAAACAGUACACUGAGGAGAGUGAGGGUACGUAUUCGCAUUGUCGCACUUCCCAUUUGUUUCUAGCACACCGGAAUGACAUGAACCGAUUUUCUCUGAAUCCGAAAGAAAUGGGUAUUCCAGAUGAGGCAUGGGCGUGGAAGGCGCCAAACGAUGAGUUCCGAGCGGAACUAUUAUCGGAGUAUAUUCAAAUUGAAGCGCUGUUCUUCAACCGGCUAAGUGUCCUGCGUGAACAAGCUGAGGCAAUGCUGGCAGCAAGUAAUGAGAACGAAUGGAGUGUUACAGAACUGGAGUUGGUAGACUUCUUUUGGGACAUAUUUCAACGCAGGGCUGGAGCAAACCGUAAGAAGAUGGCAACACACUUUCUGGUAACGUUGCUCAAACAUCGCUCGCCCACACAACUGGAAUGUCUGUUGGAACAACGUGUACGUGAAAAACAGUUGAAAGACCACGCGAUGAGCAUCAAACGCUCCUGGUUGAAAGCACGUGAAGAUCUGUCGAUCCGUAUACGCGCAUCUCUGAUACAGGCUUGCGAGGCUGCAGAGCAUUCGAGAAUGGAACGACAACAGCAUCAGAUGCAACGCGAUCUGUGUAGUUUACUCCGAGAACAGGUAAGCCGCUGGAGAAAGCAACGGGCUGAAAUGAUUGCACUGGAGGAAGAAGAACAGUCAAAGCUCCGAGAACAAGCAGAAGUUGUAGCGUCCGAAAAGAGGGCGAAGCAAGCAGCAACUCGCAAGGCAACCAAACAGAAGGUCGGCUGGAGAAAGCAACGGGCUGAAAUGAUUGCACUGGAGGAAGAAGAACAGUCAAAGCUCCGAGAACAAGCAGAAGUUGUAGCGUCCGAAAAGAGGGCGAAGCAAGCAGCAACUCGCAAGGCAACCAAACAGAAGGUGGCUGCCUACAAAGCUGCAAAAAUGGCCUCAAAAGCUCGGGAAAUGGAGAAAGAAGCCAAUCGACUUGCAAUAUUACGGGAUAUCCAUAAAAAACAGGCCCGUAUAGACACGGAUCGUCUAGUACAGGCAGAGAAACAACGCCUCGCGGAGCUACACAGUCAGCGUGUUUUGGCCAAGGAACGGGUGGAUCAGGAGGCCAGUCGUCGACAGUCGCGUUUAGACUGUAUUGCGAAAAAGGUACGACCAGUUGUCAAAUCCGAUCCUGAACGAAUCACAUCGGAAACCAGAGCAUGGCGAAUCAAGCUAGAACAGCGUCGUCAAGAAGCUGAACUGCUUGCCGAAUUGGAGGAGUCCAUUCCCAGUCGCCUUAUAACCACUCUGACCACGUUCUCUGACGCACAGCUUUACGCGGACCGCCGAACUCGAAUAACCGCAGCCCUGCACUCUGCGGGGCUCUUGGAUUCAGACUAUGCGCGAACAUUGUUGUCAGGAGUGCAACCAACUGUUCCACCACGCAAGGACAGUCAGACAUGCGAACAGCUGAAACAGAUGUUGAAUCCGCAAUCAGAGGAUAUCUGA